AUGGAUGUGUGUUAUGUUUCAGACUUAAUAGACGCCGGAUCCCAUUCAUGGGACAUGACAGUGUUGUCUACUGUUUUUCCACCAAUGGUUGUUGAGCUAAUUGCUUCAAUAUCAUUUCCUUUGUUCCCUAUUGAGGAUGAUGUUUUUUGGCCAGAUACCGAAGAUGGUUUUUAUUCAGCUAAGUCUGGGUAUUGUUUCAUCAGAAACCAGGAGAAUAGGCUAGCUGCCUCGUCGUCCACAAGUCAUGAGGUUUCUGCAGGUUUUUGGAAACAGUUUUGGCAACUUGAGACACAACCCAGGGUGAAGGAGCUGAUGUGGAGAUUGUGCAGAGGCGUUGCACCCGUGCGAGCCAACCUCAGUUCUCGUGGCUUGGAUAUUGAUACUCUCUACCCUCUUUGCGGUUUGGAGCCUGAGAGCUUGGUUCAUGCAUUUUUCACUUGCUGCCACGUUGCGCCAUUUUGGUUUGCUUCAUCUUUGAGCUGCAGGUUUGAUGAUUUGUUACCUCACCAACCUACUGAGUUCUCUCAUGUUCUACAUCAGCUCUUUGAGGUGGUCGAUGACGAGGCUUUGAAGGUCCUUUUUAUUACGAGGAAGGGUAAUCAUUCAGCUGAUUUUGUUUCCAAGUUGACUUAUGAUUAUUCCGAUGUUGACUGGGUGUAG